AUGGGAACCCAAAGCGCAAACGCAAGAGACUUUCCAUCGUUUUGGGAUACUACGUUGCGCUCUCUGAGCUUGAAUGACAAGGAUGCACCAUUUGCUCUGUUGUAUGCUGCCGAGCGACACGUCAGCGCUCAAAUACCCUCAGUGUCAUCACCGGGCAGUAUCCCCCCACUGGAAGGUUGCGUCCUCAAGGGCACCAUUGGCGUUCCUGCUGACCAUCCUAUCGCUCCUGCGACUGUCAACAUCAACGAAGACUCUUACAUUCUCCACGCGUUCCUAAGUCGAGCCGCCAAGUCUGGAAAAGCCACUAUUGUUCACCUCGAUGAUCUUCCUGCUCCAACAGCGGCAUUGGAAGGCAUCAACUGGAGAGGAUAUGGUGAUCCUUGUCGUACGUUAGUCAUAUGUCCUAUUAUUCCUACGACUGGGAACCAAGUAGAAGGCUUCCUCAUAAUUGGCAUCAACCCCCGCCGACCUUUCGACGAAGAGUACCAGCAAUACCUCCAGGUCAUGGUGCGGUUACUUGCUACGUCUCUUGCGUCGAUUGUUCUUUUCGAGGAUGAAGUUCGUCAAAGGGAAAACGCUAUCAUCCAGGCUGCUCAGAUUCAAGAACACCUUAUGGCUGAAAUUCAGCUCAAAGAGAGCAAAUUCCAACGUUUCGCGGAACGGUCUGACGUAGGUAUCUUUAUCAUCGACCCAACAGGCACCUAUACAUAUCGAAACCAACGCUGGUACGAUAUGUUUGAAGUUGCCUCUUCUGAUGACAACGCUACUAAGGCUUGGUACCGGAUCGCUUUCGAAGAGGAUGUGCCAUACUGCCAAUCCAUGUUCUCGAAACUUGUCAUGAACCAUGAAUCUGUUUGCUUCGAACUACGCACGAGGAUGCAAUGGGUACCGCCAUCGGAGCCUAAUGAGCCGCAACCUGAGGACACCCAGCACUUCAAAUGGAUUUUAUGCUCAGCUUACCCCGAACUGGGUCCAAACGGCGAGCUUGUAGAAAUUGUUGGAAAUGUUACAGAUAUAUCGAGUAAGGAACUUGCCAGUGCGAAUUAA